CCAAUCAGAUACUCUCUCUCUCUCUCUCUCUCUCUCUCUCUCUCUCUCUGCGUAGGAGCAAGCUUUCUCUCUGUUGGAAACAACUAUGGAUUCUUCUCAGCCAGAAAUCGUGAUCUUCGACGUAGAGGCGGUCAGAGAAACAAUCGGAGGAACGAAGGCCAUCCUAGAAUUUGGGGCCAUCAUCGUAUGCCCGCAAAUGCUGGUCGAGAAAGAGUACUUCUCUUCUCUGGUUCGUCCCCAACACGACUGGGAGUUUGGGGGAUUCCACAAAAGAAAGAAUGGACUCACCAGAGAAGAUAUUAUUCUCGCCAACAUCACCUUCUCAGACAUCGCUCGCACGGUCUACGACUUUCUUAACGGAAGGAUUUGGGUAGGCCACAACAUCAUAGAGCAUGAUCGUGUACUAGUUGAGCAGGCGUUUCACAAAAUCGGGCAGUUGCCACCGAAACCCUUGCGCGUAAUUGACACAUUGGAUUUGUGCCAGGGGUUUAUAUGGGGACCUGUCAACCGGAAGAUGGAAACGGUUGCAGAGUACUUUGAUCUCGGGGAGCAAACACAUAGGGCCUUAGAUGAUGUCCGGUUGAAUCUCCGGCUGUUCGUGCACUGUGCCGCAGUUUUCUCGUUGACAGAGUCCUCAAGCCUACUGGGGGCACAUGACAACACGAACAACAACAACAGCUUUCCAAGGUUUCCAGACCCUAUGGAAUUUUCAAUUCCUACUCUCAGAGAUGAAUCUUAUGAUUCCUUCAUUAAAGUACGAGAGCCGAUCUUUUGUGCUUCUCUGAACGUGAGGUUCGGGAUUGACAUAAAGUUCUGGCGUGAAGACCGCAGCCCGAAGCUGAUCUUCAUGGUCGACUCGCCGGACAACCUGAGCACGAAGCUAGAUGAAUUCGACUGGAUGUUGCAAGGGUUGUUUUCCACUUUCAGGAUCGACUCCGGGUGGAGAAAAGUCGUGGAUAGGAAAUGGAAGUCCCCCGCUGUAAGGUUGCGCAUCACAAAUACGGCAGACGAACAGACGAUAGUAUGCAAGAGGGAGGAUUCAGGGAAGACAAGGAGGCUUGUCUUCAAAGACUAUGAGGGGGAGCUCCAGACACUCCUCACAAAAGGCACCAGGUUGGAUGCCUACCUGUUUGUGGAAACCUACCACUAUCCACGAUCUGCAGAUCCAACCCAAGAAAAGGGAUCCGCAGGCAUUAGAUUGGUGGCUCAUAAGUUGAUCAUUCAUUCCUAGUUUCGGAAGCUAAAUCUACAUUGCUUAUCUUGUUGCAUGCGUGGAGAAAGAUUGA